AUGGCUGUUAUUCCCAUUAGCAUCUGUGUUGUUUACUCAAGAAUCUGGCUUCAUUUGCGACACAUAAAGAAGCAAAGCUUAAGAAAACACCGCAGCCCGACAACAAACAAGCUGACCAAGACUUUGUUGAUUGCUUCUUUUCUUUCAUUGGCUGCAUGGCUUCCUUUAGGCGUUGCGUUACUGGUUAAGUUCCUUUGUGUCGGCUGCUUGUCGUCAGUGAAUGUGACUCGAUUGGUUUACGGAGGAAGAAUCCUUCAGUAUGGCAACUCCCUUUUGAACCCAGUUGUUUAUAGCUUACGGAUCCCCGAGUUUAAAGACAAGAUAAUUCAGCUAUUUUGU